UUGUGUGUUUUCUGUCAGCAUCUUUCGGCACAAUUUUAAUAUUACCUUGCGAAAUAGCAAUAAGUUUGAUUGUCGGCAAGAUCAUGUUUUGAAUUUAGUUAAAGACGUUUAUCGUAUACAGUAUAUUUUAAACAGCAAGGACAUAUUGAAAUUUAAUUUUCUAAACUAAAUUGUUUUAACGUAUAUGGAUAAAUGUGGUAUCUUCUUAUUGAUUAAGGUAAUUUUAUCAAAGUUAACCUAUAUGCAAAAAUGAUACAGUCAUCAUAUGAAAGUUAACAGUAUCUAUCAAAUGCAUUUAACCUGUUUAUACGUUAUACUUACUAACUGAUGGGAUAAAAAGAAUGGGCAUUUUGAUCUAUUGCAAAAGUUGACCUCAUAGUUUGAACAUGUCAGCGGAUUCAGAGAAAACAUGCUUGCUACGGCAGCAUGAUGCAAAAAGGAACGUGUCUUCAGUUGUCGGAAAUACACGGACCUUGCCGAGUAAUGGCGAUGGAACAAGGAACGUAUCUGCAGUUACCGGAAAUACAAGGACAUUGCCGAAUAAUGAAAAAUCAUUUUCAACUAUGGAUCUGAAAGCAACUCAAAACACGACGUCAGUGUCAAACAAUACACCUGUCGUGUCAGGUUAUGAAGAAAGAGCAAAUAAAAUACUGGUGUCAGAAAAAGACAACAUCAGAAAUUUACAAAAUACUUCCAGCUCAGAGAGUCCAACUUUCAAAGCUAGAUUUUACAUUACAGUUAGUAUAAUUCUGGUCGUUUUUAAAGGUUGCGAGGAAAUGGCUGCAGUGACAUUAAAACAGUUUGUAUAUUCGUGGUGUGAAAAUGAAACGGUGUCAUCUGACGACUUUCAUCGUUCAAAUGAGACACAUGGAAGCAACUCAACAGAUCCUUGCGGUCACGCGGGUUCACAGAUCACCGAGUCCGAGGCACAGAAAAUGGCAUCACGAUGGGAGCUAUAUUUCAAUUUGUUAAAUGCAAUGUUAGUAUUCUUGUCUGUAUCAAUUUACGGUACCAUGUCGGACUAUUUUGGGAGGAAACCUUUCCUAUGUAUAGCUGUGUUAGGCUAUACUCUAAAAUGUGGAACAAUAGCAGUAGUUAUAUAUUUUGAUUUACAUAUAGCCUGGAUAUUACUUGCUUAUGGCAUUGAUGGACUUGGAGGGUCUAAUUACGCUGUUAGUGCGCACACGUACGCGAGCACGGCUGAUAUUACUCAAAGAUCUGGGUCAAGAAUUAUAGCCAUUGCAAUUAUGGAAAUGGUGUUAGGAGCAGGACGGUUCUCUACGCAGUUUGGCAAUGGUUACUUUAUUCAUCAGUAUGGUUAUUUCUAUCCGAUGUUAACUGCAACUGCCGGGUCCUUUUUCUCCGUGUUGUUUAUUUUGUUGGCAUUUAAGGAAACUAAUACUGCUGUCAUGGAAUUACCACAAACGAAACUUCGUUGUCCUACAUGUACAAUAUUAGUAAAGAGAUACGUCAGUUUUUAUGUUAAAACCGGAAGUAGGAGGGACAGAACCGUUUUCUGGAUAUGUCUCACCGUGUUUGUGCUGUUUGAAAUUGGGCAACAAGGACGUUCAGAUCCACUCGUGCUUUACCAACUAGGAAGCCCAUUCUGUUGGUCCUCUGAAGAAAUAGGGUUGUACGGGGCGGCGACCACAGGUCUAUGGUAUGUGGUAGGCUGUCUGUUACUGAAACCACUGCAGUUCUGUUUGUCUGCAAACACUAUAGCCUGUUUCGGAAUUGUAUCGUCUGUUAUUUACAAUGUUGUAACCGGCCUUGCGCCAUCAUCACUAUGGAUUUUUAUAGCGGCAGGUUUUGGACUGAUAAUGGCCCUUCCUAAACCAGUCCUUAGAGGGUUGGCGUCAACAAGAGCUUCUGAAACAGAGCAAGGCGCAAUGUUUGCAGGUCUGGAGUCUUCUGAAUUGAUUUGUAAAAUGGUAGCAAGCCCUGGUUCCCUCAGCAUAUAUUCAGCUACACUUGACACAAUAAAGGGAAUGAUAUUCUUUGUUUUAGCAGGAUUUGACGUAUUGGCUCUAAUAUUUAUGAUCUUUCUGACAUAUAUUUUGAGAGAACAGACUAAAGAGCCAAGUUAUACUGUCAUUCAGACAAUAAGGUGAUGCACAUGGAUUCUUGACAAAAAUAAUCUCCGAGUGAAGACAUACAAGCAGAAGUGUUGACAAACAAGUCUUCCAUGUGUUGGCUGUGGUUAUAUACAUUGUCACAUCGAUGUUGAAACUUUUUGUACUGACUUUUGAUUAUGUGAAACAGGUGUUUUAAAAAAUGGGACUUCGUUCUCGUCCGCGAACAUAGAAACAGUAACUGUUAGAGUCUCAUUGUAGUCUUCAUGUCUUUAGCAAUUUAAAUUUUGUAAACAUCAGUUUAUAACUAGGAAUAUAAAUUCUUUCAUUGGAUGUAGGUGCAGAUGCGAAUAUCCGGCUCGAGAGUAACUGUUUAGUCACCCGAGAGACCGAUGUUCCCAUCCGCAUGUACAUUUGCUGAAUGCAGGCACUACGUUUUUAGCCAGUGCUGUUACACAUUUCAUUACUUCUAACGAAGAGACUUAAUCAAACCGAGUGUGCUUUCACUUUGAUUGGUUGCGCUACGUUUAGAGAAUUGAAAGAAAGGAAAUACAUUAAAGAAAGAAGAUUAAGCAAAUGGGUUAGUAAUUGCAAAGUAAAACCAAAGAUGAACCAUUUCGUUUUAUCACGUUUCCUCGCUAAGCUUGUUACAGAAAUAGAAAAAAUGUUUGUCGCUGGUAUUAUAUCUGAAUAGAUAGUAUAAACUACCGCCUCAUAGAAACGUAAAAUUUGAAUGUAUGUUCUUAUAGACCGUAUGUUGUAUUUCCAAAUGCACAAUAAAUUGUUGUGACUUUAGAUAAUCGUCUUAUUUUCAAAAGAGUCGUGUGCCAUUUUUGUAAUUCUUGAGACAAAAUGUUUUACGUAUCAGUGAUAUUCAACAUCUUAAGGUUUUGUUGCCAAGUAAUGCACGUUCCGUAACACGAGUGCAAAUAUAUCACGAUAAAACUUAAUGAGACGAAUAGAAAGAUACCAAGAAAACAAACUCGUCAAAAUUAAUUUAGGCGUUGUGGGGCCAAAUAUAUAAAUGCCUGAGACGGCGAAACUCGGCUAGAUUCCUACCCGAGUGUCUGAUUUCGAUAGAACUGUUGAGUUUUAUUCAGGCUAUAUUCCGAAGUCGUCUGCUUCUGAAACUAAAUCGAAAUAGUUUAACAUCUAACAGGCAUGCUUCACAUUGUAUUAUUCUUAAACAGCACAUUACUAACAAGACUAAAAUGUCGCAAAUAGAAUAGUAUAUAUAGAUCUAGAUUAAGAAAUACGCACGUCUUUUUCAGUGGAAAUAUUGUGCGACGAACGAGUGCAUAUUUUUCAAAUCAAUUCGUUUUGAUAUACAAAAACAUACACCUGUAAUUAUCA